AUGGGUUGAGAAAAUAGAGAAGAAUUUGUGAUGAGUGUUGAUGUGUACUAUGCUUAGAUGUGAUCUAAAUCGUAUCACGAUGCGGGGAGGAUUAAUGCUAGAUUAUUUGUUUUGUGUCUAUGUACUGUUAUUACCAGUCCCAGUAAUUAGCCAGUGCACAUUACCGGCCUCCCUACGCGGUACCUGGGUUAGCUCAGAGCUGGGCGCGCUCAACUACACAGAUGACACGAUUGUUGCCUACCCCUACGUUAUUCCUGGUACGGUCGAAUCGCUCGACUUUCAGUGCCAGACACACAACGCCACAUCAUUCAGAUAUCUAUUGAAGGCAACCGAGACAUUUGAGACAUUCGGCAUUACCUUUGACGCGUACCUAUGUUUGGAGCUGCACCAGAUCUCGAGCUACAAGUUCUGGUAUCAUCUAGGAUCAAAGCACGAGCCAAUAGCUAAGAAAAGAGUGCACGUUGUUGCCUCUGGUGGGACGGUGGAUCUGGACAUCGCGUGCACGAGGGACGAACCAUAUGCAACUGGAACAUUUAACACAUUGAUUAAAGAAGAUGCUAUGGACAGCCAUCUGGCAGAGGCAACAUGCCCUUUCGAGCUGCUUCAUGAGUUUGCAAAUGGCAGUCUGACGUCGGCAGACGGAACAAAGGCAUGCUCUAAUAACAGCCUUGACAUCUGCACGGAUAGAACAGAUUUUCGACACGUCUACGACGACUCUUGCGAUUCAUCGUUGAUGAUUGCUGCGGACGGUAGCAGCACAUGUCUGUUAUAUUUCACCAACGAAACAGCAAAAACAACGUACCUACAUGUUUGGAAUAACGACGUUACCUUGAAAACCGGCUUUAAUAGAAUAAACUGUUAUGCCUAUAAAAAGACGGGGGACAAUGUCGAAGCCACCGUAUAUCCCGGGUCUUGUCAGGAGGAACAAACUUCUACAACCAUAAGUAGCCCGGGAAUUGUGGUAACAUACAACUCUAUAUCAGAAACGUGUCAGGAUGGGGUGCAAUCAGGAUCACAGACUAUGUUUUUUGUUGCAAUUAUCCUUGGUGCCCUGGGAUUUAUAGCGUGCAUUAUCAUUGUCGUCUGCGUGAUCCAUAAAACACGCUGUCGCUGUUUAAGGCGGACAAAAAUCGCCAGUGCAAGUACUGAAUCAUCCACCGUUACUUUGUCAAUCGACGAACUCGAAUCUUGCGAUGAGAACUACUAUCAGAAGAACAUUACAAAAGAUGGAAUACCACUUGUUGUUGACACAAAAGAUACACGGCCAACGGGUGGAAAACGCAGUCUGAAGAAAAAUAUAUUGGAUAAAAAUAAUGAAAACGUUAUCACAAUAGAAGAAAGCGAAGAUGAUCGUGCUAGAAAAUGCAACAAACGGCGAGCAAAGAAGAAAUCAAAAGGUGCAAACAACGAAGCAAUUGAAGACCAAACUCAGAUAAAAGGUAAAGGACACAAGCGUUUACAGAAAGGAGUUUUAUCGGUAAAUGAUGAAGAACAAACUCCGGAGAGUGAGCGGGAUGAUAUCAAAAAUGAUGGAUCUGGAAAAAAGAAAAGUGGUGCAAAAAAGACAGCUGAUAACAAACAAAGACAAGGCAAAAGUGUUGCUGCAAAAAUGAAAGGUAAAGCGGGGAAUGUUGCACGAGAGCAAGGACAGGAAGUGGAAGGUGAUAGCGAUAGUGGGAUGGGUGAUUUAACAAUCGAAAGCAAUACAGGAAUAACAUCAGACGAGGAUGCCAGUAACCGAUCAGGUAAAGGUGGUAAGGGAGAUGUUAAAGGUUUGUCAAUGAUUAAAAUGGCUUUUGCGUUGGGGUCAUUAUGUUGUCUGGCGUUAGUCCAUCUGUGCUACGGUGCAUGCAACUUUCCGGCGGAUCUGUUGGGAGACUGGUACAGCACCAGUUACGGCACGUUGACGUUCAACUCAACGUCGUUUACAGGGUUUACGUCCGGACUAUCCAUAACGCCUUUGGAUUUUACAUGCUUUGAAUCUUCAGGAAGUCAAUAUGUAGCUUCGUCCUCUUAUGACGUUUUAAGCCAAGUAUCAAUUACUGUGUAUCUAUGCAUGGAUCUUACCAAAAUUUCGACGGUGAAAUACGUUUUAACGCUGGACGGAAAUCUGGAUGAGAAUUCUGGGGUGCGAGUUUACAGCAGUGCGGCAAGUACGUUUACUAUGGAUGAGGUAUGCGCACGAUCUGACAACAGGUCCAGUGGCGAAUACGAUCUACUAAUCAAAGCAGAUUCUGUUUCGAGCGCAUUCACAUCAUGUCCAGGAGGUUUGCAAUCUCUGUUCAAUGUUGACAUUGACAGCAGUGCCAUUACCAACUGUUCUAACUCUACAUUAGAUGGACGAACGUCAGCUUGGCUUGUCUUUAACUACUCCUCCUGCGCAAGUGGCAUUCUCAAUUCCGGCGGUUUACUUCAAUGUCUGUAUUCAACUACGUUGGACUACACCUACGUCACCCUAUACAACAACGACACGAUUGUGGACGAGAUAUCAACCUUCAGGUUUACUUGCAUGGUCGUUAGUAAAGAUGGGGCUAUACUUAAAGCAACAGAAUAUCCAAAGUCCUGUCAUACCUGGCAAACUCCGACGAGUGUAGAUCCCCCAGGAGUUACCUACUACAUGGAAGACAAAUUGUAUCAGGAAGAAAAGAAGACCGACUACACAUUUGUCAUUAUCGUAGUUUGCGUGAUCAUUGGCAUACUAAUAAUCGCCAUUAUCAUCAUUAUCCUGUACCUCAAAGUUUUCCGAAAGUCUCAAGAGGCACCGAAGGCCAAGAAACGAAUAAAAAAGAAACCAUCAGUAACAGAGUACACGCCUCGUUCACUAGGCCAUGCAAGCUCGGCUGAAAAGGUUGAUCACGUGAUAAACAAGCAAAGCACUGGUGAGGUACUAACUGGCUUGAUGAACGGGAAUAAGAACAAGGCAGUAGUUGGAGAUAUGUACGAGCCACCAAAGAAAGCAGCCUGGCAGAAGAAGUGGGAAAAAUCCCCACGAUGGGACGAUUCACUGAGCCGCAGCAAGAAAUAUCCGAGUACAGGCAGUGUUGCCAUAGAUAUCCCUCUAAUGGAACUUGACAAAGCAUACACACUAUCAUCUUCACUUCCGGAGAGUAUCGACAUACCGUUUGCAAGUUCGCCUUGCCCGAGGGCGAACCAUAACUUCCCAAAGGAUCAAACGGCCGAACAGAGAGAAGACGUCCCUAGUACGCGAGCAAAUGUUUUGCCUCGAUCUCAUGCUUCACCAAAGAUACCUGAAAGCACAGGGAAAUUUGGAGACAGUCAAACAAGUCCGGUUUCAGUUGAACCACCUUUGCCACUGCUAGAAAAACGGCUUGAUACAAUUACUGAAAAUCCACUAUCCAGAGAAAACACCUCAUCGCGAAUUUCAAACAAAACAGGACAUUCAAAACGGUUACAGCUUUAUCCUGACUCAAACCGAUUGUCGAGUCGUGAAAUGUCCGUGUAUACUCUACGACCUUUCACCAGAAGCACGGCCUCGGCUUGGCAACAAAAAUGGGAGAUCACGAUGCGACCGAAAACGCCGCCACUAUUUGCAACAAGGAAACGUUCCAAAUCACCUGUCAAACUGUUUCAAAACACAUUCAAUUUCUCCAUUGAUCCUGUUACGCAAAAUCCUGAAACACAAGGUAUUGCUCAUGAAACCCCUAACGAGUCAGACAGUCCUAGGGUCGCUUUAUCGGAAAUCAAGAAAGAGACAGAAGAAGGUUUGUCAACAGUUCACAUUUAUGUACAGCCGGGACAGCCCGUAUAUAAUAUUGCUGGUGACACAAAACAAGAUCGAAAAAUAAAGCAAGUCACGAUACUUGGAGGGGUCAUCCAUGACGCAGAAAACAAUCGCGGUAAUUUCGAAGAAACAGUCCCACUUGAUAGUUUAAGCAUGAACAGUUACCUGGAUGAACGAGUUGUAGAGACCACGUCAAAUAAAACUGAACUUUCUCAAGUAUCGUAUUCGAAGGAAAAUGAAAACAGCUUUGAAACUGUCAGUCUUCAUUCCCUGUUUUAUCCGGAGAACUGGAUAUAUUACGACGAAUCUAACGACGAUGAUAUUUGGAGACUAGGUGCGCAAUCCGUCAUCGGAAAAAGUAAACGCGAGUUGAAACAAUUCAUGCACAUUGAGAAUGAAAGUGUUCAGAAAACCGGGAUAGCAACGAUUAACUAUGCAAAAAUGGCCCUUAAAGAGAGACGUGGAAAGAGAAAACGUAUUUCAUACGUUUCAAUAAACUAAUCAUUUCAUAUUUGUUUUGACUAAUAAUUUAUUUGUGCUAUGCGCUGUGUAAGUUAUUUUGAUACGAUUGCGAUACAGGUGUUUGAUAAUUAAAGUGAGUAUUUAUUGAUGUAUGUAUUUAUGAACGCGAAAAUAAUGCAUGACAUUACUGUGUAUCAUUUAAGUACAGAAUGAACUAUAACAAAUGCUCACAUUCUUUUUGUUCAUUUACUAAAAAUGAAUAAACGCGUUCAAUUUAAAUGGUGGUACCUAUAAAUCAAUAAAUCAAUUGUUUAAUCCGAAAGGCAUAAGUUUUUGUUACAUGUAAGCAAUUUUAUUUAAAUUCACCAGGCAAUCAAAAACAAAAGACGCCGUUAAACAAUAUGUCUGUUGAAACCUAGUCAUUAGUAACAAGUAUUCCAUUAUGAAGUGAAA